GCAGUGCGGUGCGGUGCGGUGCAGCAGUGAACGGGCGAAUGCUUUGACUCCCAUCUGGGGAGGCGGAGGUGCUGCUGGUAAUGAGACUGGGGACCGUGUCUUUAUUUAUUGCAAAGUGUGCGUGGUAUGUACUCCUAAACAGCGGACCCGCAGCUCAGCGCUCCCUCUGCUCGGAAGGCUCGGAGUGACCAGCAUCACGUUACCGCCUGGGCUUGUAUUUUGUUGGGAGGAAGAUGGUCAUUCGGGUAUUCAUCGCCUCCUCUUCUGCCUCUGUGAUGAUCAAGAAGCGACAACAUGAUGUGGUGGGAUUCUUGGAAUCCAACAAGAUUGAAUUUGAAGAGAUUGACAUCACAAUGUCAGAAGACCAGAGGCGAUGGAUGUACAACAAUAUCCCACAGGAGAAGCAACCUGCUGUUGGAAAUCCGCUCCCACCUCAGAUAUUCAACAAUGAUACAUAUUGUGGAGAUUACGAUGCUUUCUUUGAGUCAAAAGAAAACAAUUCCGUCUCUACGUUUCUUGGUUUGAAAUCCAGACCCAUGUCACAGGAGUCUGAACCAUAGUUCCUAGAAGACACACCUAGAUUGAAUGCAAUCAAAAUCAUUUUGCCUCGUGCAGAGCUGGCUCUAAACUUGGCUAUUCAUUGUCAAAACAAUUCAGAGGAUCAGCAUAAAUAAAAGUGUGUUCUGUCGCCAAGCAUUGCUUUCUAUCCUGGCUUGUUACAGUAGAUGAUAUUGAAGGAAAAAUGGCAUUGGUCAUGUCAACUAGACGGGAACAGUCAAGUUAGUUUGUUGUUAACUGGGGUUGGUUGUGUUUGCUUUUUGCCAUCUUGCCUUAUUAAAUGUUUAGCUCACCUGAGCAGUAUUGUAUCUCUGAGCAUCUCUGUGCUGUCCUUACUGACAUGUGAACUGUUAUGCUAUUCAUUGAGGAGACACUCCCUUGAUUUAAAAUCAGUAAAAUACCGUAAACAUGUGGAGAAAUGGGUUGGGGAAGUCAUCUUACAACCUUUCUUCUUAAAGUGUUGAUAGUUGUAGGUUUAAUCCCACUUACUAAACCAGUAUUCCCGUAGAUCUCUUCAUUGGAGAAAACGUAUCACUGAGUCAUGUUAAUAAAUACAUGUUGUAAGAAUUGUGGUGCAAUCAAGUGACUAAUAUUAGGGCAAUAUAGCAUGUGUUUCUAAAACAUUUUUCUUCAAUUUAAGAAUAUCCUGUUAGAGUAUUCCCAAAACCAUUUAGAUAUCUACAUGUCUUAUCCUACAAUUACUCACAUUUCCUAUUCAUUUCUACAGAGGGUGGUGUUCCUGAGAGCAGGCAAAGUGAACUUAAUGCAGGUGGCAAAUAGUUACAGAAACAGGUAAUUUCCACUGCUGUUGAUAAGUCCACAAGCUUAAUAUUGUAGGAUGCAGGCACAUCAACACUUGAAACGAUAACUGUUGUUGGGAUAAAAGGUAGGAAAAGAAAUGCAACAAAGUGGUGAAGGACUGACUAAAUUUUGUUUGAUUUUUGUUAAUGUAAUAUUGAAACAUGAGCUUCCUGCCCUCUACUAAAACUUUUGUUAAAAUGUCUCUGGUAUCCCUGCCACACUGAAAAUCUCCACUACCAGCCUUGUGCAGGCCGAGAAGCAGAUUGGAAAAGUCAGCAGUGUAGGUGUGAGGGUUGUUCUGACAAUUGUCACAGCUAUGGACUAAAUCAGGACCAGGCAGCAAUUGUACUGCCUUGCAUUGUUUUAUGGAUGACCAGGUUCCACCAAUAGUAGCAGUAAGGCACCACCACCUGGGUGAGCACCAAAUGCAAAAUGGCUUACUUUGUGAAGACCAGGAA